AUGGAGGGUCAUCGAGGAUUAUUGUUGGCACUGAUAGUCAACAUUUUUUCCAUUGUACACCUUGUUCAUGCUCAGAAUCCGGAAGGAUUUAUCAGCUUGGAUUGUGGUUUACCCGCCAAAGAGUCUCCUUAUACCGAAAGCACAACAAGCUUGGUAUUCACCUCUGAUGCAAAUUUUAUCUCAAGUGGGAUUAGUACUAAACUCCCAAAACAUGAUGACUACAAGCCAUAUAAUUUCUUAAGAUAUUUUCCUGACGGAACACGACAUUGCUAUGAUUUAAGUGUAAAGCAGGGUACUAAUUAUCUGAUCAGAGCUAGCUUCGUAUAUGGGAAUUAUGACGGUCGUAAUAUUAUGCCCAGAUUUGAUCUGUAUAUAGGGCCUAAUAUAUGGGCAGUAGUGUCGGAGUUGGACCUAUACAGCCCAGAGGAAGAGAUCAUUCACAUGACAAAGUCAACUUCUUUACAGAUUUGUCUUGUCAAAACAGGACCAACUACACCUUUCAUAUCAACUUUGGAGCUACGGCCUUUGAGAAAUGAUAAUUAUAUUACUCAAUCUGGUUCUUUGAAGCUCAUGCAGCGGAUGUGUAUGACCGAGACUGUUAGCACACUACGGUAUCCUGAUGAUGUCUAUGAUCGUCUCUGGUAUACAGAUGGUAUAUACGAAACAAAAGCAGUAAAGACAGCUCUGAGUGUCAAUUCUACUAAUCCAUUUGAACUACCCCAAGUCAUAAUUAGGUCAGCAGCUACGCCCGUAAAUAGCAGUGAGCCAAUAACCGUUGAAUACGGUGGAUAUUCCUCCGGUGAUCAAGUCUAUUUGUAUCUACAUUUUGCCGAGAUCCAAACCCUAAAAGCCAGCGAUAACAGGGAAUUUGAUAUUGUGUGGGCUAAUAAUAUUAAAAAGCUGGCUUAUAAACCUAAGGUAUCACAAAUAGAUACCUUACUCAACACAUCACCGAAUAAAUGUGAUAAUACAUUUUGCAAAGCGUUCCUAGUGAGGACUCAAAGGUCAACUCUACCACCACUACUUAACGCCUAUGAGGUCUACAUUCUUGUGGAGUUUCCAUACUCAGAGACACAUCCCGACGAUGUCGUUGCUAUCAAGAAAAUCAAAGCCGCUUAUGGAUUGAAGAUAAUCAGUUGGCAAGGAGAUCCUUGCCUCCCUAGAGAAUAUAAGUGGGAGUAUAUAGAAUGCAGCUACACCAAUAACUCUAUUCCCCCAAGAAUCAUUUCCUUAGACUUAUCAAACCGUGGGUUAAAAGGGAUCAUAGAGCCCGUCUUACAAAACUUAACCCAGCUUGAAAAACUGGACUUAUCAAUUAACCGUUUAUCCGGCGAAGUGCCUGAGUUUCUGGCCAACAUGAAAUCAUUGUCGAACAUAAACUUAAGUUGGAAUAAUCUAAAAGGUCUGAUUCCUCCAGCCCUUGAGGAGAAAAGAAAGAAUGGACUUAAACUAAAUACUCAAGGAAAUCAAAAUCUAUGUCCUGGGGAUGAAUGCAAAAGAAGCAUCCCAAAAUUUCCUGUAACAACUGUUGUGUCGAUUUCUGCAAUUCUGCUUACUGUAGUUGUGCUACUUAUUGUUUUCAUUUACAAAAAGAAAAAGACGUCAAAAGUUCGUCACAGAUUACCAAUUACUAAAUCUGAAAUCUUAACCAAAAAGAGAAGGUUUACAUAUUCAGAAGUCGAAGCAGUGACAAAUAAGUUUGAAAGAGUUAUAGGAGAAGGAGGGUUUGGAAUUGUGUAUCAUGGUCAUUUGAAUGAUACUGAACAAGUAGCUGUUAAACUUCUCUCUCAUUCAUCAACUCAAGGCUAUAAGCAAUUUAAGGCAGAGGUAGAACUGCUUUUAAGAGUCCACCAUACAAACUUGGUAAAUCUUGUUGGAUAUUGUAAUGAAGAAGACCACUUGGCCCUUGUCUAUGAGUAUGCAGCUAACGGGGACUUAAAGCAACAUCUUUCAGGAGAGUCUAGUUCCGCUGCUUUAAAUUGGGCAAGCAGACUUGGAAUCGCUACCGAGACUGCACAAGGAUUAGAGUACUUACACAUUGGAUGUGAACCUCCAAUGAUUCAUAGAGAUGUCAAAACGACGAAUAUACUUUUGGACGAGCAUUUCCAUGCUAAACUUGCUGAUUUUGGACUUUCCAGAUCAUUUCCAGUAGGAGUUGAAUCCCAUGUAUCAACAAAUGUUGCUGGCACUCCUGGAUAUCUUGAUCCUGAAUAUUAUCGAACAAAUUGGUUAACUGAAAAAAGUGAUGUAUAUAGUAUGGGCAUUGUCCUGUUAGAGAUUAUCACAAACCAGCCUGUGAUACAACAAGUCCGUGAAAAGCCUCAUAUAGCUGAAUGGGUGGGGUUGAUGCUUACUAAAGGAGAUAUUAAAAGUAUAAUGGAUCCAAAACUGAAUGGGGAAUAUGACUCAAGUUCCGUUUGGAAGGCUCUUGAGCUAGCUAUGUCAUGUGUGAACCCCUCUUCAGGGGGAAGACCAACCAUGUCUCAGGUUAUAAGUGAACUUAAAGAAUGUCUCAUUUAUGAGAACUCAAGAAAAGAAGGACGAUCAGAAGUAGACUCAAAAAGUUCCAUUGAACUGUCCACCAGUUUCACCGCUGAAGUGACCCCUGAUGCACGGUAACAUCUAAUAAGAA